AGCGCCGCAGCGCCCGCAGCCCCGCCAGGGUCUGAGGGGCGAGGGAUACUGAGGCCCAGGCAUGGAGCUGCCGGAUCCGGUUCGCCAGCGGCUGGGAAACUUCAGCCGGACCGUGUUCCGCACCUCCAGCCGGACCGGGCCGGAGUACAACGAGGGUGCGGAUAAUGAAAUGGUCUCCAGUUUGGUGUUGCAGAUGUCACUUUAUUUGAACACUUAUUUUUUCCCACUUUGGUGGGUGAGCAGCAUUUUGAUGCUUCAUAUAAAGUAUUCAAUCUUGCCUGAUUACUACAAAUUUAUUGUAAUCACUGUUAUCAUCCUAAUAACCUUAAUUGAAGUCAUCCGGUUGUAUCUAGGCUACAUGGGUAACCUACAGGAGAAGGUUCCUGAGUUGGCUGGCUUUUGGCUUUUGAGCCUUCUCUUGCAGUUGCCUUUAAUUCUUUUUCUGCUCUUUAAUGACGGCCUCACGAAUCUGCCCUUGGAAAAAGCGAUACAUAUCAUCUUCACUCUCUUCCUUACUUUCCAAGUUGUUGCAGCAUUUCUUACCUUGAGGAAAAUGGUCAAUCAGUUGGCAGUUCGUUUCCACCUCCAAGACUUUGACCGACUCUCUGCAAACAGAGGCGACAUGAGAAGGAUGAGGUCAUGUAUAGAAGAGAUUUGACCCAUUGCAGUUGGUUGAAAAUCUGAUAGAUGAUUCUAGAAGACUGAAAGGGUUAGGAAAAUAUCAGAGAAAAGGGACAAAGCAAGAGUUUUGAAUUGUAUACUAUCUAGCUCUGAAAUUCCAAUGUUGGGGUCAGUGAUAAGACUUUGAACAGAACAUAACCUAGCUGUUAUCCACUUGACAAAUUUCUUUAUUUUUUUUUAUGUUGACUUUUUCAGUUGUAUAGAAAUCUGUCUAUUGGUGGUAGUAGUUCACCAACUUUACUGAAAUAUUUCUUUUUUCUUUUUUUUUUUUUUUUUUUU